GGUGUAAACUGAAUAUAAAUAAACUUAAGGCUAAAAUGGAUACUGCGAGAUCAAUCUCUGUAGAAGAGCGCAGUUUUUUUUCCUACAUUUUAGAUCAGCAAUGGAUUUUAUUCGCUCUGUUAGGACUUAUUGCAGUCUCCUUAAGGCUUUACAAUUUGAAGCAGCGCACGCAGCAUAACAAAUUACUUCGAGAAACAAUCAUGGUCGAAUUGGGCUAUAAUAAAAACGUACAGAAAAAGAAAAACGUGUAAUACUUUUGAAGAAGCAAGUGUCUUUUGUGCAAUUGUUAUUGAUAGUAGCCGAACUAUAUUGUGUAAGCCCAUCAAAGUCAUGGAAAAUUUUCUAAUCAAGGUGUGUAUGUUGUAAUAAUUAA